UUGGCCCUUUGCCUUCUUUGGUCAGUCGAAAUUGAACGGUGACACUGUUAAGUUCGUUGUUGUUCAGUCAGCCUCUGACGAAAUGUGAAAAAAUCAUAAAGAGCUGUCAUGGCACCAGCUUACUCCAGAUUGAGGAAACCCUUGAGUCAAUUCCAUUUGCCACUUCUCUUAUUAGUAUCGGUGAUGUUGGUGGGACAAGUUUGUCAUGCAAAGCGUCCGGAUGUACGGUGCGGCAAAGCCAUUGACGAUAUGCUGGCACUUGUUUGUAGGAACGGCUUUAAUAAGAUGGAUUUGGAAGGCUCACUAAGGCGUUUACGCAGUCGCCGAAAUACCGAAAUAUUCCUCUCACCACAGCAAUUUAUUGAACAAAUCGAAAAGGAGCAUGCGAAAAUCAUAGCAAAGCGAGGCAACCGAAAGCCCAGUUUGAAGAAAAUGCUGAAAAUGGAAGCAAGUUGGCGACGAAAACAUCAAACAAAGGGUAAACUUGGACGUGUACGACGAGAUGACGUCCGUAGCGAGGGCGUGGCAGAUGAAUGCUGUAGCUAUGGUUGUGCCUUCUCCGAUAUGGCUACAUAUUGUAGACGUUUAAUCGAAAGUCUUAGUUAAGUGACAAAAUCCAUUUGUGACAAAGUGGUAAAUAUUGAAUUUGACAUGAAAAAUUUUGUAAUAUACAAUAGAAUUAUACUUAUUUAAAUAUAAUUUUAUUAUGGAAACUUAAGCGUGAUAAACACU